CUCGUGUAAUAUGACAUGCGUGUGGGUGCGAAGACCUACUCACUCGACCAGUGCUUCCACUCACUCACUCUACAAAUCGAGCGUUCCGUGUAUCACACACGCUGCGUGAGCCGAGAGCGCUUUCUGUCUCUCAUUCAUCCCAGUGAAGGCUGCUCACACUUUUUUCUUCUUCUUCCCCCUCUCGUCUACUUCAAGCUGGGAUAGCUCGCUUUGUGUGUGUGUGUUUUUUCUCUUCCUCUAUUUGUUUCCUCUCCGGUGCCUUUCGCACGGAGUAGUGGUGGAUGAUAUCAACAGAGCUUCGUUCCUUCUUACCUCCGCGAAACCGAGGAUUGGAGAGGAGUCGCUAGGGGACACGCGCAUCACGACAGACGGCGGCGCGAGGGAGUUUUUCUUGGAGGGGGACAUCGCAGCUUAAGACGAGGAACAAAUCAAACAGCUACACUGGGAGGACUGGCGCUAAGUUUUGACGGAUUUCGCGGUGCAGGUGCGCAGGUGCAUCGGGUUCGCGGAGAGGAGUCAGUGCCUCUGCGGAAGUCUCAGAUGAAGAUGAAGUCUGCGGGCGUUGUGGAUGGAGGCUUGUUCACAGAGAGCUAUUGUAACAUCUGCAAUGCCCAGCUCAUCUCCGAGUCCCAGCGCACCGCUCACUAUGAGAGUAAGAAACAUGCCAACAAGGUACGUCUGUUCUACAUGCUUCAUCCUGAAGAUGGAGGACCACCUUCCAAAAGACUGAGGCCAGAUAAUCCAGACUGUGCAGAGACAGAAGUGGACAGGAACAAGUGCUGUACCCUGUGUAACAUGUUCUUCACCUCUGCAAUUGUGGCACAGUCCCACUACCAGGGCAAAACCCAUGCCAAGAGAGUCCGCCUGGUGCUGGGGGAGCCACCCAGUGUACCCACAGCCAUAGCCAACCCCACAAACACAGAUUCCUCCCCUUCCACCCCACUGCCCACAGACCCCGCGUCGUGCCCCCCUCCUCCACCUGCCCUACCCUGGCCCAUGGCGGUGGUCAGUGGAAAUGGUGGGAGAGAGGCUGGGAAAUAUUGCUGUCUGUGUGGAGCCUGGUUCAACAACCCUCUGAUGGCCCAGCAGCAUUACGAGGGCAAGAAACACCGCAGGAAUGCAGCCAGGGCACGUCUCCUGGAGCAGCUAGCAGGCAGUCUGGAUGCCACAGAGAGCACAGGGCUGCGAAGUAGUUACUCUUGCAGUGUCUGCAGUGUGGUCCUCAACUCCAUUGAGCAGUAUCAUGCACACCUCCAGGGCUCCAAGCACCAGAACAACCUGAAGCAACACCAGCAGUAAGCCAGAGAGACAGGCCACUCUGGAAAGAAGUGAUGAAGACAGAGAUUAUUGGAAUAAACAACUUCCGAAAAGAGGACUUGUCUUAGUAUGCGAGAGUAUGCGAAAGUAGUGCAGUGCAACUUCAGUAUGCGUGUGUUUGUGUAUAUAACCUAUAUGUGUGUCAUAGGCACUUAUGCACACAUCUGCAGUACGAGUGCGUGGGUCAUUGUGAGUGUGUUAAUUUCUAUCUUUGAUCAAAAAAUAAUAUAUCUUUGAGAUUUAUUCAGCACCUUCAAUGAGUUCUAAACACCGGCGGCCGUCAGAAGACCUGCGGCUGCGUAUUGCCAUGUAAUUCCAGUGUGAACCACAAUCCUGAAAUUGAAAUGAUGUCAGUGCAUUGCUCGGAGUGGUGAAAACCAUGACAAUGAUCGUCACAGAACAGCAGUUACAGUAACCAUGUAACUAGCAGUCCCCCGCCCCCAAGUGCUCUGACCGUGAACCAAGUCUGACCAGAAUCUUGCGUUUCAACGUGUAUUUAAUAUGCAGUGAUGCUGACGGUGCCGUGAGCGCGGCUCACUUUCAGACCACUUGAGACCUUCUCAGGCCCAGACUUUCAAGGACAAGAAACUUCCCGACGACCUCAGCCAUUGCAGAUUGCAUGAAUUUCCAUAACUUCAAAAAGCUGUUGGUUUGAAUCUAGUGUUGUCUAUCAAUUGCGGAUGUGCCACUUUGAAACCCAUUUUCACAUAUGCCAAAAUAAUCAAAACCUGAAGAUAAAAGGGAGAGGAAAGUAGCAAAGAAACUAUUGAACUUCUACUCUGAAGAGGGUCUGUGCAACUCUGUGAAUCAUCUACUGCUCAAAACAUUCCCAUAGCACUAAAUACUGAUGUCAGAUGCAGUCUGGAGGUGAUAAAAAAAAUCUUUCUGAGAAGGGCAACAUGUAGAUAUAUUUUUUAUUUUUCUGUUACUGCCAGAAUAAAGAAACUUCACACUCAUGUAGCAGCCACUGUACAAUACAACUGGGGUGUAAUUCAAUGCAUGCAAAGUGUAGAACAUUGCAUUCACUUGCCUUCUUGAAACCUACUUCUUGCGCAUUUUGGUAAUAGCGCUGCUUUGUAGUGAUAGCUAGGUAAUGAAUUAAUGCACAUGCUUGUACCUGAACAAAGAAAUCACCUUUUAGUGCUGAACUGCCUUCAUCUCAACAUCUUACCAAUUCAUCAAAAAAAUAAAGAGGAGAGCCUUUUUAGAUAUUAGUCCAGUAACCACUGCACAACAACCUCAUUCGUAAGUGUCUUCAGGCUGAAGUGUGUUUCAACAAUGGUCUGUAGCACCACAAGAAGACGUGCUCCACUUUCCCAUGCUGACACAUCACAUUGGCCAUGAGCAGGGGAAAAGACUGAGAAAUACAGCAGUCGAUGCAAAGCUGCCCUCUGUUUGUUCUUGUUGGUCAUCUGUAAACACAUUAAAAUGUUGUUUUUUUCUUU